GCUGUAGUGAAUUGGUGUAAAAGUAUGGAUGUGGUCAAGUUCUUUAGCCAACAAUUGUUGGAAAAGAGGGGAACGAAUCCUUCGCUGGAGCGCAGUGUCGAUAAUAGAAUGCAAAAUACCGAAAUCGAUGCGAGGGCAGAAGUACACGCAGCACCCAUUUUGUGAAUGCCUUCCGUUUACGUGGAGCUUCGGAGAUCGCUUAGGGUUAUGGGCAGUCAAUUCUCGCUCAGCCCUGGGAUUAUCUCUGAGGUUGCGUGGAGAGAGCGACAGAUCGAGAAAGUGGUUUCUAUGUCGAACGAGUUUCGGGUGAUCGGGUGUUGGGUUUUCGUGUUUUGAAGGUGUUGCGAGAUGGCGUUGUUGCCGAGAGCCGCGCAGGCUGCAUCGCGGAAUGCGACUAUGAGAUUGCUGCACACAGGCGCGCCCGCGCUGGUGGCGUCGACCACGCUGAAUGCGCCCACGUCGAGCACGACGUCCAAGGGCGGGCCUGGGGCGGAAUUUGUGUUAUCCAAGGUGGACGCGCUCAUGAACUGGGCGCGGACGGGUUCCAUCUGGCCGAUGACUUUCGGCCUGGCGUGCUGCGCCGUGGAGAUGAUGCAUACGGGCGCUGCUCGGUACGAUUUGGAUAGGUUCGGGAUCAUCUUUCGCCCUAGCCCGCGCCAGUCGGAUUGCAUGAUAGUUGCCGGAACGCUCACCAACAAGAUGGCACCCGCCUUGCGCAAGGUGUACGAUCAGAUGCCAGAGCCAAGGUGGGUGGUUUCGAUGGGCAGCUGUGCGAAUGGAGGAGGCUACUAUCACUACUCUUACUCGGUGGUGCGUGGGUGCGAUCGCAUCGUGCCUGUGGACAUUUACGUGCCUGGAUGCCCUCCGACCGCGGAAGCCCUGUUGUACGGGUUGCUUCAAUUGCAGAAGAAGAUCAACAGGCGCAAGGACGUGACGUUGUGGUGGAAUAAAUAAGCGUGUUUACCGAGAGACCAACGUGGAGAGAGCUUUUUCAUAUGCCUUUGUCGGCUUUCAAUCAGUAAGUAGGAUAAGCAGGAUUGUACUCUGAGGCGCAAUGGCCAAAUGUUGAUAGGUGAAGGAGUUAUUUUUAGCUGCUCUGUGCACUUCAGAAAAUAAUUCCUUGAAUUGUUUGUUUUCUGCAGCCAAUGCCGUGAUAUUAUGGCACGCAUCUGGAAACAAGCAGUUCUAAUUUGCUUCUACAAUAAUAGCGUAUUCUUGAUGUUGAUAUGCUCAGCAGUUCCUGAGUGGCAGGGUCUCGUCAUGGGGUUUUCCGAUUAUUGCAGCUGCUGCAUACUGCGGACGAAGAUGCUUGCAGAUAGACCUACAAUACUUGCUUACAUUUAUGGAAUUUUUUUGUUGGCCCAA